GAUUAGGCAAAAAUCACAAAGAUGCAGCUAGUGUUCGUGCCACCAACCCAAUUCCAGCUGCUUGCGGCUUGUAUUACUACGAGGUUAAGAUUGUCAGUAAAGGUCGAGAUGGAUACAUGGGUAUUGGUUUGUCAGCACAAGGUGUGAACAUGAAUAGAUUACCUGGUUGGGACAAAAAUUCCUUUGGAUAUCAUGGUGAUGAUGGUCACUCCUUUUGUUCCUCUGGCACUGGUCAUGCUUAUGGACCAACAUUUACGACAGGUGAUGUUAUAGGCUGUGGUAUCAACCUCAUUGAUAAUGUCUGUUUCUACACAAAAAAUGGUCAUUACCUGGGUGUAGCAUUUACAGAUUUACCUCCACAUUUAUAUCCCACGGUUGGGUUACAAACUCCGGGAGAAGUUGUAGAUGCUAACUUUGGACAGGCACCUUUUGUUUUUGACAUUGGAGAGAUGAGGAGGGAGCUGCAGUGCCGUGUGAGAACAACUAUCCAAAACUUUCCUGUCCCUGACACUUACGGGCAAUGGCAGACAAUGCUCCACAG